AUCUGUGAUGGAAAUCAACCAAUUGACAAGUGACAUUUGUGUUGUUACGUUUACCAAAUUUUACUUGGUUAUUGGCCGGCGGAAUAAAACACUUAAUUCGUGUUAUAUUAUUUAUUAAAUUGAAACAAAAAUGAGCUUGGAAAUCGAGUCAAUGGUGCGAUAUGCCUCGCCUAUCAACCCGGCAGUGUUCCCACAUCUUACGAUGCUGUUACUUGGUAUUGGGAUAUUCUUCACGGCGUGGUUCUUCGUCUACGAGGUGACAAGCACUAAAGCAUCCAGAGACCUGUUCAAGGAACUUUUGCUCUCAUUAGUAGCCGCCUUGUUCUCUGGAUUCGGAAUCCUCUUUUUAUUAUUAUGGGUAGGCAUAUACGUCUGAUGCAGUAGUUAAGUAUUUAAUGUACCAUUCCUCUGUAAUUACAUUUUGUAUGUUUUAAGAAUAAUAAAUGAAACUAUCAAAUAAUUGAAUACUAAA